AUGGCGAGCUCUUUGAAGUCCGUGGUCUUCUCUGAGUCCACCUUCUUGGUCGUACCGCCCGUCGACGCCGGCCGGGAGCCCGAUGCCGGCGCAGGCGGCCCGCGCGGCUCCCGGCCGAGAGGGCGCGGCGCCCCCCGCGGCCGGAGCGGCCGCCGGAGCAACAGGCCAGGGGCGCGGCGGGCUGCGGGCGAGGUGGCGCCUGGUGACGUGGAGCUGUCGGUGCUGGCGGAGCGGCUCAAGGCCGCACCGCCGGCGCGGAGGCGGCUGCUCCUCGAGGCCCUGGGCCCGGCCGCGCGCAGCGCCCUGCAGGCCGCGAUGGCCCAGCCACCGGCCCCGGGUCCGGGCCGCGCGCGCCAGCAGAAAGAGAUCGCGCCCGGGGAGCGGGGGGGCGAGGGCCCAGGCCGCGGCUUCAUGCUUGCGCUGGGCGGGGCGGAGAAGGUGGAGUUCUUAGGUAUCGACGGCUGCAAGCUGAUUAAACCAGCCUUCCUGGUCGCAGAUUCGGCGGAGGAGCCGAGGGCCGACCGACAGUUCACGGGAAACGGGCCCUGCGCAGGCUUCAGAAAGGUGAAGUACCAGCUGUGCGCGGCGCGGCGUCCCAUGGACAGUGCGCUGCGGCUGCUGCUGCGCAGCCACGGCCUCUCCGAGGAGGACCUGCGGACGCUCCAGGCCGCGGACGGCAGUCCCGACACGGUCGCAGCGCUGGCGGCCGCCGCGGCCUCCGAGGAGCAGGCGCGCCUGCUGGCAGGCGGGCUGGGCCUGCACGGCCGGGCCGCUGCGGCCCGGCUGGCGGCGAGCUGGCGGCAGGCCGCCUGCGGCGGGACUGGCGCGGCCCAGAGCACGGCAAGCGCCGGCGGCGCCAGCGCCGAGGUCGUCAAGCGGCUUUCUGCCAAGCCACUGUGGAGGCGGCCCGGCAGCCCCGCGCGGCGCUUCCGCCUGCCUGGGCGGCAUGUGCCGGCGAG